AUGGGUGCGGGCGACGGUUUCGGGCGCGACCCAAUCGGGCGCACGCCCAGGGGCACCGUGGCGGUUGAGGCCAGCAAGGCCGGGCGGUCACCGGAGGGAGAUGCUGGCGGGAGAGCAGCAGGGCGGCGCCGGAGCGGGGCUGCGAGCCCUAGGGGAGUGGCCGUGGUCGAGCCAGACGGCCGGGACGAGGCACGGGCGCCAGGGCGCGGCCCCGGGCGUGCUGGCCGCAGCGGUGGCCGAGACCAGCAGGGGAGGCGAGCGGGGCAUGUGUGGGUGGGAGGAUGCACGGUGUUCGCGGCGACGGUGACCAGCGGGAUGCGGGGAAGAGAAGAGGAGGCCGGGGCCUCACCGAGGGAGCGUAGGGCACGGGGCAACGGUGCUCGAGGUGGGGGGACGGGGACGACGCGGACGGAGUGGAGGCAGGCCGGCGAGGGAGCUCCGGCGAGGUCCUCGGGCGAGGGCGUCGAGACGGCGAUGAGGCAUGGCCGCGGCUUCUGGUGGUGUCGCGUGAGGGAGAGGAGGGCGAGGAGGCAACGGCGACGGCGAUCCGGGGUGAUGGCGUCGACGGGGUCGGGGCGGCACCGGGCGGCGGCACCGGGCGCGAGGUGA